AUGUCGACGUCGCCAGGAGGCACUAUUGAGAGUUUUGAGACGUAUACUCAGGGAGCUGAGCAAGAUGAACAGGGUUCUGGGGACCUUCCAACUUAUAACGACGUUGCCUCCCAAAGCGGCCCAAAUUCACGCUUUGGCCGCUGGAGAGGAUGGAUAGAAAAGAGAGCUGCGGAGCGUUAUGCAGACGUCACUGUCGAGGAAAUCGAGCGCAGGCGAGCUAGAGGGUGGAGUGAGAACGAGUCAUCACAACUUGGUGUGGAAAAUGAAGCCAACUCUAUCCCGGAACAUACGAGUCGUAGUUCAACCCCCAGGCCACCGCGCUUAAGAAUAAAUCCAGAUCUUCCUGCUCCUGCACCUCCCACUGAGGUACUCCCUGAUGAAAGUACAACUCCUGAACCAUCGCUGGAGCCUUCUCUGCACAUACCAGAGGAACAUCUGUCCCCAACCCAUCUUUCAAUCUAUCAUUUUGGUUCCCGUUUUUUACCACACUCAACUGCUCCUAUCAGAUGUAUUCUUCCUCUCCAACAUGACCGUCUCCUGCUCAUAGGCACCGAUGUUGGGCUGUCAGUCCUUAACAUGUUCCCUGCAAAGUGGGCUGAUGAAACAAGUCCUGAUGGGGUGACUGGUAUCAUUCAAAAAGGACCCGCGGACGCACAGGCCAGAGUAAUGUGGACAGGAGAGGCUGUUUACCAGUUGUCGAUUUUGGAGUACGAAGAUGCCGGCGAGAGGGCCCCGCAAGGGGUUGUGCUUGCUUUGGUAGGCCCUGAGCUCGAGGAUUCUCCAUCUUCUGGCUCGCAUCAAGAAUCCCCGCGCUCCCUCAGAAUGUAUAAACUUGCAAGCCUGACUAGCCUGGCAAAGUGGGCCAUCGCGCAACAAGGCGCGCAGCCGAUUGAUUUGCGCAAGUUAGCAGACUGGCAUCCCCAAGAGACACCAGUGAAGAGGCACAGACCAGCAAGUAGCAUUACGAAGGGCUUACGAAAUCUCAUCACCGAGCCCCCCUCUCGUAUGCGACGGACGAGUUUCCUUCCAACAUCGAAUACAAAGCGCCCGUCGACACCAACAAGGAAAGAUUCAUCUUGGGAUGUCGUCGACGAUUUACCAUUGCGCUGGGCUACUGAUUUUACGUCACUCUCGUCAGCUGGUUCCAGAAUGUCGAAUUCCAGUGUGACUUCUUAUGCCCUCUGGCACGAAGGCCACACGGGCUCCACCCGCCGUGCAUUGCUUGCUGUGGCGACUAAGACUAACAUAUUUUUAUACGAGACUCCGAGAGGGGAGAGGGCUUUUCAUUUUGUGAAGGAAUUUUACACGCCAUCGCAGCCACGCUCUCUUAUCUUUGUCCAGCAAUCCGUGCAAGACAUCUUUCGAUCACCAUCUAUCGGGUCUCUUCGAACGGCUGGCCAUAACCGUGGAGCUUCCGCAGACGCAUCCACUUCGUUCGCCAUGUACAACUCCCGAACAUCCCCAGUUGCACCUGCGAACAUUUCAUAUGAAGCCCAAAUAGCAAUUUUUGUGGUGUUCGAUAAAAGAGCUGGAAUCAUACGAAUAGCUGAUUCAGCGGUCACGGAAGUAGACAUGUUCGAGAGCGGAGGGAGCAUCAUCAACCUUUCCCCCACGGGCGGGAGUGGAUCCAGCGUGACACUGAACGCUGGAGGAUCUCUUCCAAGUCGUCGGUCUCGUGCUUCUAUCGAUUUCGCGGCUGGAAAAGAACACAAGGGCGCUUGGGUUCUACCUUCAAAAGCUGACAUUCCACCUAUACAUAUUCCCCACCUUGGUGCUUCCUACAGCAGCGUUUUCAUCCUCACUCGCGGCAAAAUUACGCACGUCGUUGCUGCCCCCCUUCCCGCAUCUAUUCACACUACGCCUCCUUUGUACACUGUAACCUGGGAGUUUCCGCCUACAAGCGUGACCGCACGAGCACACUUGCCGGCGCCGAGUAAUUCACAAGAACCUUCUCCCGAACCUUCAUUACAACUGAUUGGGAUGGGUGAUGAAGGCGUUGAUGUUCACGAAGUGCCCCUAUCAUAUCUUUCGGGCAGUUACAAGGGUAAAGGCAAGGCACUGCCUGAGCCUCCCUAUGCGCAGAACCCACUUGGCGAGACUGGUUUCCUCACGGUUGGAGGACGUUGGCAUCGUUACAUUGGCCCACCUCAGAUGGAGAGAAUGAAUUCUGCCAUGUCUGCCAGCUCAUUUGAGAGCACUGGGACCGAGGAAAUCUUAUCGCGUGUGAAGGCAGAGGAGGGCGUGUAUGGGUGGUGGCGGAAGGAAUGGCAGGACUGGCGAAUCUUUUGGUUGGGAGGUGACACCAACACCGGCACUAGUCCGGUGGAUAACUGA